AGCUCAAGCCCCUGCUGGAGAAGUGGCUCAAUGAUGCCGAGAACAUGUCUAUGGACAUCUUGGUGAGCCCCGGCUCCUUGUCCUCCCCCUGUCUGGGCUUUGAGGGUCUCCCUUCCCGUCGCCGUAAGAAACGCACCAGCAUAGAGACCAACGUCCGCGUCGCCCUGGAGAGAGCCUUCAUCACGAACCAGAAGCCCACGUCGGAGGAGGUGCUGAUGAUCGCGGAGUCGCUGCAGCUGGAGAAGGAGGUGGUGCGGGUGUGGUUCUGUAACCGGCGGCAGAAGGAGAAGAGGAUCCACCCCUCCAGCGCCACGCCCCCCCCGCCCAGGCCCGCCCCCCCCGCCACACACAAACACCCCUGCUACAGCCCCCUUAUGGGGGUGGCUCUAGCUGCAGAGUGUGGAUCAGGCCUGUUAUGGUCUCCUCCUGUGUGUGUCAUGAUGUCGCUGUGCUGA